ACAAAAAAAAUAAAAAUAAAAAAAAAAAAUUAAACUUGCAAUAAAAUUGCAAAGAAUUUUUGCAUAUUAAUUGCUUCUGUGAAUACAAAUGAAAACGUCGCAUUCAAACGCGUCCAAUUUCGACUAUUCCAGUCGCCCUGUUUACGAGGGUGAACAACGCGCGCAACAACUACAGCAACAACAACAUCAACUGCAACAUUACGAAGAACAAAAUCAGUAUCAUCAUAAUCAACAACAGCAGCAAAGAAGCCAUCAACGAAUUGUUGCUGAGCACGAUAAUCGACAGCAACAUACAUCGGCAAUUAUAUAUCAUAAGCCUGAUACUACUGCUGUUUAUUUAAAACAAACAUCGUCUAGCAUUUCUUCUGAAGCAGCAGUGACAGCAGCAAUUAAUGAACAGCAGCAACAACAACAACAAUCGCACCAGCAGUUUGUUAAUAACUCAUUAAUUGCAACUGCUGAUAACAAAAGUGAUACAAAAGUGCAUGGUGGUGUCAUUUAUAUUGAGGACAGUAAUAACGAUCAUCAUCAUCAUCAACAGCAGCAUCAACAACAACAACAGCAACAGCAGCAACAGCAUCAACAACAACAACAUCAACAAGAUAUCGAUAAUAAUAAUUGCUAUACAAAACAACAACAACCGUCGCAUCAAGAUUCUCAUAUAAAUAUUAAUGAAACAAGUGUAGUUGUUUCGAAUACAACAAAAGAUACUUCUGCUAUACGUUACACAAUUACUAAAUAUCAGCCGCAACAACAACAACAGGCGCAGCAACAACCAUCACAGCAACAACAACAGCAGCAAUUGCAGAAAUCUUCAAGUAAACGUAAAAGAGAAAAAGAGUGUGAUUGUGGUUGUCUGGAUUCAUACUAUUCUUCGAAUACAGUUGGACCUAGUAAUAAUAGCAUUAAUAACGAAGUGAAUACAACUACUGGAGUUGCAGCGAUAAAUAAUAGUAAUAGCCAUAGUAAUAGUAACAGUGCCACAACUGCGUCUGUUGCAGCACAACCCAUCAAUUCGGUAACAAUACCAUCGUCUAAUAGCAGCAUCAAAACGGCGCACACAAAAGUUGCUACGUCUGGGGGGCAUGCUAAUACGCAGCCCCCCAGCAAACGUUCUAGUAGUGGCGCCGAUGGUGAUUAUCAAUUGGUACAACAUGAGGUCUUAUAUUCACUCUCAGCAGAAUAUGAGGUAUUGGAAUUUUUGGGUCGUGGAACAUUUGGACAAGUAGUGAAGUGUUGGAAACGUGGAACGUCUGAAAUUGUUGCGAUUAAAAUUUUAAAGAAUCAUCCUUCAUAUGCACGACAGGGUCAAAUUGAAGUAUCCAUCUUAUCUCGAUUGAGCCAAGAAAAUGCUGAUGAAUUCAAUUUUGUGCGCGCGUUUGAGUGUUUUCAACACAAAAAUCAUACAUGCUUGGUAUUUGAAAUGCUUGAGCAAAAUUUGUAUGAUUUUCUUAAACAGAAUAAAUUCUCACCACUUCCUCUAAAAUAUAUACGUCCUAUUUUGGAACAGGUGCUAACUGCAUUGUUAAAAUUAAAGCAGCUUGGUUUAAUACAUGCUGACUUAAAGCCUGAAAAUAUUAUGUUGGUGGAUCCUGUUAGACAACCAUAUAGAGUUAAAGUAAUUGAUUUUGGUAGUGCUUCACAUGUUAGCAAAACAGUUUGUAAUACUUAUUUACAAUCGCGGUAUUAUCGUGCUCCAGAAAUUAUUUUGGGAUUGCCUUUCUGUGAGGCAAUUGAUAUGUGGUCAUUGGGCUGUGUUGUAGCUGAGCUAUUCUUGGGUUGGCCCUUAUAUCCCGGAUCGUCUGAGUUUGAUCAAAUUAGGUACAUAUCACAAACCCAGGGACUGCCAACAGAGCAUAUGCUCAACAGCGCUUCUAAAACCUCAAAAUUUUUUUAUCGGGAUGUGGAUUCAACAUAUCCUUUCUGGCGUUUAAAGACAACUGAGGAGCAUGAAGCUGAAACUAAUACAAAAAGUAAAGAGGCACGUAAAUACAUAUUUAAUUGUCUGGAUGAUAUUGGGCAGGUGAACGUACCGACUGAUUUGGAAGGUGGCCAGUUGUUGGCUGAAAAAACCGAUCGUCGUGAGUUUAUUGAUUUAUUAAAACGUAUGCUUACAAUUGAUCAAGAGAGACGCUUAACACCUGCAGAGGCUUUAAGUCAUUCAUUUACACGUUUAACACAUCUUGUGGAUUAUGUGUAUUGUAAUAAUGUUAAAGCUUCUGUGCAAAUGAUGGAAGUUUGUAGAAGAGGCGAUUUUCACACUGUGCAGCCAACAUCAGCACUUGUCACUAAUUUUGUUCCAAGCACUACAGAAAAUAUGACUUUCACUAUUAAUAAUCAGUUGACAAGUCAGGUACAGCGUUUAGUACGUGAACGUCCAUUGGCUUAUGAAGGGCUUUAUCAGAUUUAUGGUGGACGAAAUGUUGGACGCCAAUAUGCUCAAGGGCGUACCGAUACGUUUCAUAAUCAAUUGGUAUCCAAUAUACUAUGUCCACCUUCUUACCAAGCGAUGCCUAGCCCUACCAAACAUGUUGUUGUUGGUAGUGCAACAAUGCAACCACCAUUACAAGUUCCUCCUCAACAGUAUGUUAAUGUACCAGUACCGGUGUCAAUGGUUGAACCAACAUCCGGGCAGCGCAUGCUCCUUACUAAUCGCGUACAGGCCAGCGGUGUAGCAUGGCCGCAAACUGGUCGGCAAAUGGCGCUAGUACCAUCAUGGCCGCAGCAGGCACCUGCGCAUUCGCUAAUCGUUGAUUCAGCACCUUUUCUUAAUGUUGAAGAAAUCUAUCCAAAACAUCAUUUGAAUAUACCACGCAAUGAUCUCAAAAAGGAGUCUCCAGUGCAUCAUUUAGUAAGCAAAGGAAACUCUUAUCGCGUACCACGUCAUGACAAAAAGGAAAAUAACCAAUUGUCACCGGUAAAGAAGAGAGUAAAAGAGAGUUCUCCACCACAUCAGCACCGCUACAAUCGUACUACACAUGUCUCACCACAGUACCAUAAUCACCACAACUGUAGCUACGUAAGUGGUUAUAGCAGUGGAAGUGGAAAUGGUGGUGCUCUUGUUACUUCCGCAUCAUCAAAUAAUAUUGUAAAUGCAAGUGGUAAUAGUAAUCAUCACCACAGUAGUAAUUCUUCUAAUCAGCCCCACGUUACCAGCAAUAAUGCCGGCUAUAGUAGUGGUAAUCAUCAUAUUGUUAAUAAUUGUGGCGCAAACGGUGGUAGUAAUGGUAACUACCAUCAUCACCACCAAGCUCAUCAUCAGCAACCAAAUCAGCAUUCACAUCAGCAUCAUGGUGCUAUUGUGAAACAACAGACAAUAACCAUACAUGAUACACCUUCGCCCACCGCAGUAAUAACAAUAUCUGACAGUGAAGAUGAGGCUAACGAACCACCAGUUCCAGCUGCACCUGUAAAGCAACGUGCUCAUGCGCAGUCACAGACAACUUCAUCUAUGCUGCAACACUCAACGUCGUCAUCUUCGUUAAAUUGCCGUAACAGUGGACACCAUCAUUCGCAACAUGUGCAACAGCAUAGUCAACACAAUCAUCACCAUCACCAUCAACAACCGCAAAUGCAGUCACAACAGCAGCAUCAGGCUGUUCCAUUAUAUGGUGACAGUGAUAACGAUGAUGCACGUCGACGUGGUCACCAUGCUUCAAGUAACAGUACCAACAACAGUCCUAAACAACAUCAACACCAACAACAGCAACAACAUCCACAGCAGCAGCAACAGCAGCAGCAGCAACAUCAGCCACAGUCACAGCCUCACUAUCAGCAUGCUAGUGUUAAAUAUGAGCCUGGCCAAUCACAGAAAAAACGUAUAUUGGCUAUGGCACAAAGUGAGAGCUAUAUGCCAACUUCUAACAAUAAUGGCAGUAGUACUAAUAUAAAUGCACAACAAAAUACAAGUUUACCACAUAUACCAACAAAACAGGAACCAACUGAAUUUUAUGAAUACACUCCUCAACAACAGCAACAACCACAAGUUGAUAGUAAGCGUUCAUCAUGGGCUGCUAGCACACAAGCCCCACCAGCACAUCAUAAACGAGAAGCGCCAUCAACAGCUUCCACAGCAACAUGCACUUCGGGUUAUAUGCAACAAUCUUCAUCGUCAAAUGUUGCACCUCCGUUAGCACAUUCUAAGAGCUCAUCUUCUUCAGCUGUUGGUACUGUAGUUGCAGCGGUUGCAGCUGCCGCUGGUCCGCCAUCUUGGGGACCGCCACAAGUUUAUCGUCAACAAACGCAAACAUCACAAACACAACAGCAACAGUCGCACCUGCCGCACCACCAAUCAAACACACCAAUUGGAAAUUCACCAUCUUCAACUGCAGUCUCAACAGCUGCAAUGUUACAGCAAGACAUUUACGCCCAAAGUGGUGACAUGUAUCGUCGACCAACAGUUUUUGUAUCGCAAGCGGCACCUACAUAUGCUUAUAAUCGUACUGUAGUUGCACCACCGCCUGCACAUAACAGUUCAAGUCGUCAGGUUAUACCAUCUCACCCUUUGCCUGCACACAUACAAUUUCCAACACAGUAUAGCCAAUUUGGACCUUUAAGUCCAGCCCAAGUUGCAGUUAGUAAACAUGCACACUACGCAUCAACAAAUAUAUGGUAUGGUGGAGAAUAAGCUAACUGAUAAAAAAACUAUAUCGAAUCGUUUCUGCAUUCUUCUGACAACA